AUGCAGGUCACUAAUGAUGCUGUAUUAGCUUAUUUGACUCUGAGCCACUUGGCUGAAUUGAAUGAUCAACUCCAGACAGCGCAAUAUUUUCGACAACUCUAUAAGACACAGGCGGCUGAUGCGGAAGAGGCCCUGCAGUCGAUUCGUUCUAUUUCUAAUCGACUUGAGGCUGAGUUGGCCCAGACUCGACGGGAUCUAGAAUCUGCUCAAGCUGGCCGGCGGGACGUUAAUUCUCAUCUAACGCAAUUACAAUCAGAGCUUGCUAUAUCUCGUGUUGAGCAACGUGGCCUGGCCGAGACGGCCGAGACUGACAGGAGAGCGGCGGCUGAGGAAGUAGCUAGGUUUCGUGGGAUGGCAGAGAUGCGUGCCACUGAGUUGGUAGCAGUGGCAGGCCAGUUAGAUGAAAUGCGAUGCAGAUGCGCUGGCCAAGAGGAGAAUAUUGCUAGGUUGACUGAUGAAGUUACUCGGCUUCGAAAAGCAAACCAGCUUAUGCAUGCUAAAGUGGACAGUGUCGUUGAAAAGCUCUACACAGAAGUUACCAGCCGACCAGGCGGAGCA